AAUUGCCAAACCUAAUUCUGUAUUCAUCCGUACCAAUUGACGUCUAUCUCACUCAGUAUUCACAUCACUACAAUGAAGGCUUCACAAGACGCUCUCCCAUCACCGCCCCUAUCCGACACCGAUGAAACAGCCCCCAAAACCCCCAUUGAAUCCCUCGCAGCCCUCAUAAAAACAACAUACAGAACCUCCGAUAUAAAAUUCUACAUCAAUGGCCGACCAGUCACGGUAAAGAACCCCAAUCCCGAUUGGGUUCUUCUCGAUUGGAUCCGAGCUCAAGAUUCUUUGAAAGGGACGAAAUUAGGAUGCGGAGAAGGAGGUUGUGGAGCAUGCACUGUAGUGCUACAGACUUUGGAAGAUGGACGGGUGAGACAUUUUGCUGUAAAUGCUUGUUUGUAUCCACUUGUUGGCGUUGAUGGCAAGAGUCUCAUCACUGUUGAGGGUUUGGGGACUGUCAAGAGGCCGCAUCCGCUUCAGGAGAGGAUUGCGAAGAUGCAAAACUCAUACCGAGAUGGGAAAUUCCACCUUACCAACUCCGAAGUCGAGUUACAGGGGCACCUUGACGGAAACCUCUGUCGAUGUACCGGCUACAAACCCAUUUUCGAAGCAGCACGAACUUUCAUCACAGCGGACCUCAACGGGACCAUCGCCGAGAUCAAUGGCAAAGAGAUAACUCCCGAGAAGAACACAGAAGACGACUAUGCGACAGUCGCGCGUGAAGCAAACAAGACAGGCUCUUGCGGUCGUCCUGGAGGCUGCUGUCGAGAUAAUCCCGACUUAAAAGGCUGCGGCUCAACUGCCGUGGAUGAAUCGAACCCGAAAGAGAUGGAGACACCCAUCACAGCUCCCAGGCCUCACGAAACACCAAGUACACCUCCAAGAUCCCCUGACAAACCUGCAUUCGGCGAGACAUUCUUACCAUACGACCCCUCAACAGAGCCCAUCUUCCCACCAGCGCUACGAAAGUACGAACCUCAAUCGAUAUGCUACGGCGAUGAUCGACGACUCUGGUUCCGACCAACAAACCUCCAACAGUUGAUCGACUUGAAGGGCGUGUAUCCAGAGGCCAAGAUCGUCGGUGGCGCGAGUGAGACGCAGAUCGAAGUUCGCUUCAAGAAGAGAGCUUAUCGCGUCUCCGUGUUUGCAGCAGAUAUCGCUGAGCUGAAUAGUUUCACCGUCGAUCCUCUGCAGAUGAAACAGGCUGAGCUGGAAUCGCUGAAGAAUAUCAGUAUACCUGGAAACCUUUCCUUGACCAAGGUUGAGGAGAUGUGUACUACGCUCUACGCCAAGCUUGGUAGACGAGCUUCAGCGCUAGAAGCCCUUCGAAAACAACUUCGGUACUUCGCUGGCCGACAGAUUCGGAACGUGGCGAGUCUUGCAGGAAGUCUAGCUACAGCAAGUCCCAUCUCUGACUCUGCACCCGUUCUUCUAGCUGCAGGCGCUAAGGUGAAGAUCCAUUCUCAAGCUCACGGCACAACUGAGAUUCCGUUAUCUUCAUGGUUCUUGUCCUACAGAACAACUGCACUUCCAGAAGAUGGAGUCAUAACAGAGAUUGUGAUACCGCUUCCGAGCCGAGAGAAUAUUGAGAUUACGAAGGCUUACAAGCAGGCGAAGAGGAAAGACGAUGACAUCGCUAUCGUCACUUCUGGUUUUAGAGUUAAAUUGGAUGGGGAUGGUGUUGUUCAGGAUGCCGCUUUUGCCGUUGGCGGUAUGGCGCCGACGACUGUUAUGGCUGAUAAGGCACAGCAGGGUGUCAUGGGGAAGAAGUGGUCUGACAUGAAGACAUUGGAUGCUGCGAUUGAUGCGCUUCUGGAGCAGUUCCAACUUCCGUUUGGAGUACCUGGUGGCAUGGCACAUUACCGAAAAGUUCUCACGAUCUCCAUGUUCUUCCGCUUCUGGCACGAAGUGGUUCACGAUCUAGGUCUCGGUGAAGUCGACGCCGAUCUCAUCGAAGAAAUCCACCGCGGUAUUUCUUCAGGUAACCGUGACAACUUCACCUCGUCAAUGUUGAACCGGGGUACCAAGGAAGUCGGCCGUCCUAUUCCUCACCUCUCCGCCGUCAAGCACUGUACCGGCGAAGCAGAAUAUGUUGAUGACAUGCCACGGCAGCACAACGAACUCUUCGGAGCUCUGGUCAUGUCCAAAGCAGCUCAUGCUGAGAUUCUUAGUGUGAAUUACUCAACUGCGCUGGAGAUGCCUGGUGUAGUCGGAUACAUCGACAAGGAUAGCAUCACCAAGGAACAGAAUACCUGGGGCCCUGUUGUUCUUGAUGAACUCAUCUUUGCAGAUGGAAAUUCCAACUACUACGGUCAAGUGAUCGGUAUGAUCUACGCCGAGACAGCGCUUCAAGCUCGAGCUGCCGCCGAUGCAGUCACAGUAACAUACAAGCGCCUCCCUGCCAUCUUCACAAUCGACGAAGCCAUCAAAGCCAAGAGUUUCUUCAAACACGGCAAAGAACUCCGCAAGGGUGAGGCCCUUAGUGGUUCUCUGGACGAAGCAUUCAGCAAAUGCGCCCACGUCCUCGAGGGCACCACCCGCAUGGGCGGCCAAGAACACUUCUAUCUCGAAACCAACGCUGCCCUUGCAAUUCCGCACAUGGAAGAUGGUUCAAUGGAGGUAUACAUCUCGACCCAAAACCUCAUGGAGAACCAAGUCUUCACCGCUCAAGUCCUCGGUGUGCCUAUGAACAGAGUCAACAUGCGCGUUCGAAGAAUGGGAGGUGCAUAUGGAGGUAAAGAGUCACGAACGACGGCUCUGUCUAUGUAUCUUGCUCUCGCGGCGCAAAAGACUUCAAGGCCUGUAAGGAUGAUGUUGAAUCGUGAUGAGGAUAUUGCGUUUAGUGGGCAGCGACAUCCGUUCCAGUCAAAAUGGAAGGUUGGUGUUGAUGAGCAGGGUAAAAUUCAGGUUUUGGAUAUCGAUAUUUAUAAUAAUGCGGGUGCUUCGCUGGAUAUGAGCGGUGCAGUCAUGGACCGAGCUUGUACCCACGUUGAUAACUGCUAUCACAUUCCCAAUGCUUGGAUUCGAGGCCACGUCUGCAAGACGAAUACAGUCAGCAACACGGCAUUCAGAGGAUUUGGUGGUCCACAGGGUAUGUACAUCACUGAGACGAUCAUGUUCAAGAUUGCAGAGUCUCUGAACAUGGACGUUGAUGAUCUUCGCAUGCGGAACUUGUACGAAGUCGGUCAACGAACACCCUUCCUGCAGGAGAUCACAGACGACUUCCAUGUUCCCACCAUGAUGGAGCAGCUGAGUUCUUCCUCCGAGUUUGAGAAGCGCAAGUCCGCCAUCAAACAAUUCAAUGUGAAGAAUCGCUUCAAGAAGAGAGGUAUCUCUAGAAUCCCAACCAAGUUUGGUCUAAGUUUCGCAACCGCCCUCCAUCUCAACCAAGCAGCAGCCUACGUCAAAAUCUACGAAGACGGCUCCGUCCUCCUCCACCACGGCGGCACAGAAAUGGGUCAAGGCCUGUACACCAAAAUGACCCAAGUCGCAGCCGAAGAGCUCAACGUGAGCGUCGAUUCAAUCUACAACAAAGAGUCCCAAUCCGACCAAGUCGCCAAUGCUUCACCGACCGCUGCAUCGUCUGGUAGUGAUAUAAACGGUCAAGCUGUGAAGAAUGCCUGUGAUCAGAUUAAUGAGAGGUUGAAGCCGUAUAGGGAGAAAUUUGGUAAGGAUGCUAGUAUGGCGGUUAUUGCGCAUGCGGCGUAUAGGGAUAGAGUGAAUUUGGCGGCGAAUGGGUUUUGGAAGAUGCCGAGGAUUGGGUACGAGUGGGGGAAUUGGAAGGAUCCUCUGCCUAUGUACUACUACUUUACGCAAGGAGUGGCCAUAUCGGAGGUAGAGCUGGAUACUCUUACCGGAGACUCGACAGUAUUGAGGACCGAUCUCAUGAUGGACAUCGGACGAUCCAUCAACCCAGCAAUGGACUACGGUCAAAUCGAGGGCGCUUUCGUCCAAGGUCAAGGUCUCUUCACAAUGGAAGAAUCCCUCUGGAUGAAAUCAGGCGAAAUCUUCACCAAAGGUCCAGGAACAUACAAAAUCCCAGGUUUCUCCGACAUCCCCCAAGUUUUCAACGUAAACACCCUCCAACACGACUCCCAAGGCAACACCAUCAAUUGGUCAAAGCUAGGCUCCAUCCAGAGCAGCAAAGGUGUAGGAGAACCUCCUCUGUUCUUGGGCUGUGCAGUGUUCUUCGCUUUGAGAGAGGCUGUCAAGGCAGCGAGGGAGAUGAAUGGCGUUAGUGAACCUUUGGUGCUAGAUGCUCCGUGUACGGCGGAGAAGUUGAGGUUAGCUGUUGCGGAUGAUCUUGUGAAAAGGGCGAUUGUUGAGAAGAAGGAUGAUGAGCAGGAAUUCUUUAUCAGGAUUGAGUCUUGAUAAGUAGAUAAAGCUUACUAAGUUACUAGAAUUAUAUGAUAUACAGAGAUUGAGG